AUGUCAAAGAGGCGAUCUAGAUCAGCUACUAGAGCUAAACUUGGAGACUCCACCUCCCCUUAGCCAAGAUCACAGAACAAAUCCCCAAAAAGCUCUACCAAACAAGCAAAACUGCCAUUCUCACUUAACAAUAAGAGAGUUUUUGCCCCUGAAAACAAAGUUAAAACCUUUGAAGAGUUCAAACUCACUGAAGAUGAGGAGGACUAUUUAGAGAACAUGUAUUAGUGCUAGAACUAUUCUGACAAUCAAGUAAUAGAGCUUUGCUAAUAUGAUAUAUUCGGUGAUAAUCCUGAAGAAAUUGCUAAUGAAGUAAUAGAGUACUGUAAAGAAAAGCAUAAUAAGCACAAAUUAGACUUUGAAAAUGUGAUAUUUCCCUUCGCUACAUUGUUCUAGGUACUUCAACCUAGGCAAAUUUUAGUUGAGCUAAGAUUAAGCGGCUGCAAAAUAUUGCCAAGUGAAUGCCAAGAUAUAGCCUCUAAUCCUGUGUUCAGGUAACUAAGAUCACUUGACCUCUCCUGUAACCCCAUCAAACUUACAGGACUGUUGUACCUACUAAAUGCUGAAUAUUCUUGUUUAUCAAACUUGAGAAGGUUAGUACUCUUUUCUUGCAAGAUAAAGAAUUCUUAAUUAAAUGAAGUCCCGAUGAAAGAGUUUUAAGCUGCGAAAAUCUCACUUCAUCAACUCAAUUACCUUAAUAUCUCUUAUAACAACUUAGGAAAUCUCGGUAAUAGCUUUGUCUAAAAAGAUUUUGGCUUAAUCGAAGGAAGAUCUUUGGAAAGUCUGCUGAUGGUUGAGUGCUCGCUUGACGAUGAAUUCGUAUUAAAGAGUUUGAUUAAUUAGCUCUCAAGAUUCAUUAAUCUCUUUGAAGUAGACAUUUCUCAUAACUUUUUCGAGGAAUCAUAUCAAGCCCUGAUGAAAGGCUUUCAAAAGCACUGCAACAUAUUAACUAACAUAAACCUUGUAUCAAACAAAUUUCUUACAAAACCACUUGCAGAUAUGACUAUCCAGAAAAUUUCAAAUCAAAUGGGUUUCAUCUAGCUUAAAAGAUUAGACUUAAGUAGUUCUUUGAAAGGUGAUAUGCAAGUUUAAUUUAUUGCUGAGUCCAGUGCUUUUGUUAAUUUAGAGUAUUUAAAAUUGAGGAAUUGCUAAAUUACCGCAGAUGGACUUUUACAGUUAUUUGAGUCUAAGCAUUUGAGGAGGCUUUAGUACUUAUUAGUCCCAAAGAACAAUAUAAUCCAGAUCAAAGCGCCUUUCAAUGACAUGAAGGACGCCACUGAACUCUAGAUAUUCAGAUAUACGAUGAAACUGCAGCUCUUAGACAUUAGAUAAAAUCCAAUUAAGUCUUCUUAUCUCAGGUACCAGAUGCCUAAAAAAUUCCUUAUCUAUGCAGUGAUAUUAUGCGAGAAUCAAUAAGUGAUGAAUUCAACUCUUUUCACUAACAUUUCAAUAUAAAAUAGGAUAACAGAUGGAACUAAAGAGCAAAAGCUGAAUGUAAACCCGUUAAUUAUUGCCUAUCCUAAUGAUAAAUAAAAGUAAUUUCUUAGCAAAAUAUGA